GUGGAAAACUCGUUUGGUCACGACCUUACUUGAACAGGAUCUGUUCUAUAGGCUCGUACCUCUGUAUCCUUGUGAUCUAAGGAGACAGGAACCAAAUCCUGGUGGAUGAAUUAUGACCGUGUGAUCAGAGCGUGAUUAACAGCAUGGAUGGUCUUUGGACUGUCCGAUGCAGUAGAGGAUCGUUCUCAGCUGGUGUCUUCUGGCUGGGAUGGUCACACGGUUGUCUGACAGGUUUCCCUAUCUAUUUUUUGUGUUGCGAUCAUCGAUCACUACGCAAAAUUUUCAAGAUCUAAUGGAAACCCAUUUUGACAUUUUGUGAUCGCGAUCUCUCUCUCUCUCUCUUCAGCAACACAGCUAAGCCAAUUUACUCUCAUUUCAUCUUUGAUGGAUUCACAUGGAAACCAGCAACAAUCCAUAAACCAAUCAGAAUCCCUGCCCUUGACCUUGAAAUGGAAACCCUUUGCAGUUUACUUCUUUUCCAUCCUAAUUCUUUUGCUAGCAAUCUCUCUCACUUUUCCCAAUUCAAAUUUCUACAGAACCCAACACCUAAAAUUCACAUUCUCAUCCCACUCCACUCUUCUUCAAACCCUUUUAGGUUUUUUUACUCCAACCGAGAAACGAAAACAAUCCUCAACUCCAAAAAUUCCCAUUUCCAAGCCCCCCUACUGUGUUCUAUGGAUGGCUCCUCUUCUUUCAGGCGGUGGGUACUGUUCAGAAGGUUGGUCAUAUAUCUUAGCCCUUUAUGAACACAUAAAAAACCCUACUUUUAGACUGGCUAUUGAGCAACAUGGUGAUUUGGAAUCCCUUGAAUUUUGGGAUGGAUUGCCAGAAUAUAUUCGGAGCUUGGCAUUUGAACUCCACCAAACAGAUUGUCGAAUGAAUGAAACCAUCGUGAUUUGUCAUAGUGAGCCUGGUGCUUGGAACCCGCCAUUGUUUGAAACCCUUCCAUGCCCACCAGCUGCUUACCAAAAUUUCAAGGCUGUUAUUGGCAGGACUAUGUUUGAGACUGAUAGGCUGAACCCCGAUCAUGUGAAGCGCUGUAACAGGAUGAAUUAUGUUUGGGUUCCUACUGAGUUUCACGUAUCUACGUUUGUAGGAAGUGGGGUUGAUCCAUCUAAGGUUGUAAAAAUUGUUCAGCCUAUUGAUGUUAAAUUCUUUGAUCCACUUUUGUAUAAGCCCUUUGAUCUUGCUUCUGCAGGGAACUUAGUUCUAGGGACACCACCCCAUAAUUCAAAUGCUAAGAAGUUUGUGUUUUUGAGUAUCUUCAAGUGGGAGUAUAGGAAAGGUUGGGAUGUGUUGCUGAAAUCAUACUUGGAGGAAUUCUCUGAAGCUGAUGGGGUAGCUUUGUAUAUGUUAACAAACCCUUACCAUACUGACAGAGAUUUUGGAAACAAGAUAGUGGAGUUUGUGGAACACUCAGAGAUAGAAAAACCAGAAAAUGGUUGGGCUCCAAUCUAUGUGAUUGACACCCACAUAGCUCAGAUUGAUUUACCUCGAAUGUACAAGGCAGCUAAUGUGUUUGUUCUUCCAUCAAGGGGAGAGGGGUGGGGUAGACCUAUUGUUGAAGCAAUGGCAAUGUCAUUGCCGGUAAUUGCAACGAACUGGUCUGGGCCGACAGAGUUUUUGACAGAGGAGAAUAGCUAUCCAUUGUUGGUGGAUAGAAUGAGUGAAGUAAUGGAAGGGCCUUUUAAAGGGCAUCUUUGGGCAGAGCCUUCGGUCAGUAAGCUUCGUGUUCUAAUGAGGCAUGUGAUGCAGAACAUCGAGGAAGCCAAGGACAAAGGAAACAAAGCAAGGGAAGACAUGAUCAGAAGGUUUUCUCCUGAGAUUGUUGCCAAAAUCCUUGCUGACAGUAUACAAAUCAUACUUGAGAACUCGUAAAAAUAGUCUCCAGCCUUUUCUAAUGUUCAUUGAGCAAUCUUGCCCUGAAGUUCAGCAUGAAGCUGAGGCUUAACAUGUGGCUUGUCAGGCUGCUGAAUGAGUUGAUUAUUAUUAUUAUUAUUAUUUUUUCUUAGGUUGAAAGAAUUAGUUGUUUAAAUUGAUGAUAACCAGAUACCGAAUAUGUUCAAACUUAGCCCUGUCCCUGUGUAAUUUUGGGAAUUGGUUUGUUACUGGCGAAAGAGAGACAACAGUAGUAGCUUAUAGUUUUUCUCUUAUGAGAAAUUUUUGUUCAUAUGUGAGAUGCCGAGUAGCACCGGACACUUUGUACUGAUUGACAUUAAUUUCAUUAUUCUUGAAUUUUCA